GGAGCCGCGCGGCCGAGGGCACCCGCUGGGUGAUGUGGUUCGGGGACGGCAAGUUCUCGGUGGUGUGCGUGGAGAAGCUGCUGCCCCUGAGCUCCUUUGCCAGCGCCUUCCACCAGGCCACCUACAACAAGCAGCCCAUGUACCGCAAGGCCAUCUACGAGGUGCUGCAGGUGGCCAGCAGCCGGGCUGGGAAGAUCUUCCCCGCGUGUCCCGAGAACGACGAGACGGACACGUCCAAGGUGGUGGAGAUCCAGAACAAGCAGAUGAUCGAGUGGGCCCUGGGUGGCUUCCAGCCCUCCGGCCCCAAGGGGCUGGAGCCCCCCGAAGAGGAGCGGAACCCCUACAAAGAAGUUUACACGGAGAUGUGGGUCGAGCCCGAAGCAGCUGCCUACGCACCGCCCCCUCCCGCCAAAAAACCCCGCAAAAGCACAACCCAGGAGAAGCCCAAGGUCAAGGAGAUCAUCGACGAGCGCACCCGAGAGCGGCUGGUGUACGAGGUCCGGCAGAAGUGCAGGAACAUCGAGGACAUCUGCAUCUCCUGCGGGAGCCUCAACGUGACCCUGGAGCACCCUCUGUUCAUCGGGGGGAUGUGCCAAAACUGCAAGAACUGCUUUCUGGAGUGCGCGUACCAGUACGACGACGACGGGUACCAGUCCUACUGCACCAUCUGCUGCGGCGGCCGCGAGGUGCUCAUGUGUGGCAACAACAACUGCUGCAG